CAUUUGCAAUCAACACAUUGAGAGAAGUCAACGUUGUAAUAAAGAUAUUUCUCGAAAAUGAGAUCAUUAAUAUUAAGUGUUCUGUGUGUUAGUGUGUUAGGGCUGUGUGAAUGCUGUAGUUGCAUUGAAAAGACCAAAUUGGAAUUGGGUUGUGAGUCAGAUUUUAUAUUCCAGACCGAAGUGAAAAGUACCCAUCGAAAUAUUGCGCAUCCUUUCGAUUUGUACUAUAAGAUUGACAGACCAUGCUAUGAAAAUACGUACAAGUUCAAUUUCAAGCAAUACGUGUCAGCGGCGAACACAGAUAGAGUAUACACAAGCGAGAGUAGCUCAUUGUGCGGCGUCUAUUUAGAAGAGGGGAAAACAUACAUCCUGUCAGGGCGUGUGAAUAAAGAAAAGCAGCGUUUUGAAAUCAGCUCUUGUUUAUCGUGGGUUGAGUCGCCAAUCAGCGCAGAGUCGCAGCAGCUGCUGAUGCAGUUCAAACAAGGAACCGUUGUGUGUCCGGAGUGAUCUGCAGCGCACACGAAAAAAUACAUAUGGACACGCUUUGCUAACUUAGUUGUACAGUACUGAACCGUGUACAAGUUGCUAACAUGUCCUAUUAAACGAAAGCAAACAACAUAGUGUCUUAAUAAUUAUACUUGCAUUGUUUUCGGGGAUCAUUCAUAGUUCGUACAUUAUUCGGUAUUGCACUUGUUUUCAAAUAGUACAUGCACGAAGGCGACCAAAUUGGUAAGAACAUCUUUUGAAUCGUAUUGAUUCGUAUUGAUGUGUGAUGUAUAACAUACAUGUUGUUAUAUCCACGCCAAUAAACACUUUUGUUCUGAACUGCGGGAAGAGAUAUAAAUCUGCAAACACCGAUGGUCCCAGUAAUGCGAAUAAAACAUUCACAUUAAGUUGCCGUUUUUUGUGACAUUGUGCAUGAUGCGUUUUGGAAAAGAAUCUUCAGCGUAAAACGAACGACCUAUGUACGAUUAGUUGCCUAGACACGGUUUCACACCCAUGCGAUAUGAUGUAUACAGACCUAUACGUGAACGGGAGACAUAGAAGCAAUACACGGUGUUUUAAUGAUUUUUUUGCUGAAUUUAGCUUCUAACAUUCAAAAAACUAUAGCGACCUUAUUCACGAUUAAGGCGUAUGCAAAGUUAAUCGCCUACUGU